AUGAAGACGACGACGACGAUUCAAUCCUCUUUUAAACGACCUUGUCGUCCUCGCUCGCUGUUAUUAUCAUCAAAAGGAAGCGAGAAAACUUCUUCCUCCGUCGUCGUCUUCAAAGGUCAAAUUCGUCGUCAACAUCGGAUAAUAAAAGGUCGACAUUCUGUUCUUCGUUCUUCUUCUUCUUCUUCGUCCUCCUCCUCCUCUUCCGAGGAAAAAAAGAAGACGACGACGAUGAAAACGACGACGACGAAAAUAAUGCUCAUCAAGAAAAUGAUCGUCGCCCCAGCGAUGAUGUUCGUCUUUUCCGCCACUUUCGGGGGGUUUCUUGGGUUUACUGAAAAUGGGUUUUUUGUUCCGUCUGCUGCGUGUGCUGCUGCUUCUCCUUCUGCGAAAGGCGAACGGAAAGAACCAACGAACACGGCCGUUCGCGAGUUACGCAAACAGUCGAAAAAAGCGGUGAAAUGUUCUUUAGAUGUGGCGAAAUCGACCAUCGAUACGAUCGAUCGGAAAAUCAACGAACCGUGGAACUUGGAAGAUGUAUGGGCGAUAUUCGCGUUGAGGUUGGUUAUAAAACGAAGACGGGAGAUGUUUUUAUGGUUUGAAAAACAAAGGAUGAAAGCGUUCGGAGGAAGAGGAGAGGAUUCAAAAAGAGAGAAAGUAAUCGAGCAGUUAGAAAGCGCGGACGUUUUGGAUUCACCGUAUCGAGAAACGUUCGCGCAUUGGAUUGGGAAACCGCUCGGCGCUUUAAUGUUUUUGUGGAUCACCGGGUACGUUUUCGACGUGACGUGUGAAUUCGUGGACGCGAUGUAUGUAAAUUUUGCGGUUCCCGAGAACGUGGCCGCGGGUUUUGAUCGAGGGACGUAUAUUUUUACCGCUGGGCUUAUCGUAUCGAUGUGGUUAUCAAAGUACGGCAGCCAAUUGUUGACGAAAAUGUUCCCGGAUAGUUCGGCGCAAACCGAGGAAGGGAAGAAGUUAAUUUUGGUUCGAUUUGCCACCAUGAUCACGUUACUCGCCACGUUUGCGGCUACUCUGGUCACUUUUGGCUUACCUGCCUCGUUUUUAUUCUCUUUCGGUGGUCUCGGAGGUUUAGCCUUUGGUUUAGCCGCCAAAGAUUUCAUCGCGAAUUUAAUCGGCGGCGUCAUCAUCGCCGUCACGUCGCCGUUUAGCGAAGGCGAUAAGAUCGUCUUGUUGGCGUCUGGUGGUAAGUUUAGAGGAUCAGAUUCACCAAAAAUCAGUGAAUAUAGCGUCGAGAAGAUUGGCUGGUACUCGACGUUGUUAAUGCCGAGAGAUAAGAAACCAACGAUCGUACCAAAUGGCUUCUUCUUAGGCAACGCGACCAUCAACCAUUCUCGAGCGACGCAUCGAUUCGUUCGAGCGGCGUUUGAAAUUCGAUACGAAGACGUCGGCCAGGCGACUCAAAUCAAAGAAGGCAUUAAUGAAUUUUUGGCUAAACAUCCACACGUGGAUGUUAAGGCUGGAUCCAAAUCACUGAUCACAAACUUAGGCUCGGCAAAGUUGGAGAUGGAAGUACGAGCGUUCAUCCCGAUGGCGGAAGGUGGUGACGCGUAUUACGAUUUGCGACAAGACGUGUGCCUUGAAGUUUGCCGACUUCUGGAGAAGUACGCACCAAAGAGUGCAGGCACGACUCCCUUGCUUUUGUCGCAAGACGGCUCGUUCGAUGGUCGCAUUUUAUCUUCGUGA